UCUACUUGAUCCUUCUUCUUUUUGGGCUUCGAAGCAAAUGCAAGUGUUAUUUGAUUGAUUGCCUCUGAAAUUUGAAAGUUUUGUCCUCAUUUCGCAUUUCUGUACUUCCUUUCUUCUGUGCUUUGUUCACUAGGGUUCCUUUCGACUGAGUUUCUGCUUCAUUUUUCCAGAUUCUAUCUAAAAAACAGGUUGUUUAGAGUGGUGGGAAACCGAUUUGCGUAAUGGGCUUGCAACUGUUUCUGCGUUGGUUGAGGAAGUUGAACGAGCCAUGUGUGAGUUGGGUUCGAAUUUCUUCUACGAUUGUUGUUUUCGGUUCUCCAUUAUAAUUAGGUUUCUCUCUCAUGGUUUCAUUGAUGUUUGUUUGGUUUAGGAUCUGCUGUAUCUGCGAAGUGCUGUUAAGUUUGUAUUGCGUUGAUGAACCACUGAGUUGUGAAUGAGAUUGUUAUCCUCCUCUUCGGUUUCGUUGGUACUGCUAGAUUAGUUUGAAACAAUGGUUUUUGAUGCCAAUAUUGCUGUGUAGCAGUGCUCGUUGAUUGGAGAAGCAGGACAGAUUCCCAUUGGAUCUAUAAGAAUUUUGAAUUGAUUCUAUUGGCAAAAUGAUCGUUGUGUUUUCCACUGAAUCCCGGAGUUACAUUGGUUGAUUGGUGGGGGAGUUUGGUUUGAUUGUCCAUAUUUUCUUUGGGAAUGUAUUGGCGGGUUUCUUUGCUCGUGGGAUUUUGUUCAUUUUCAGUUUAUGAGUUGCGAAAUGCCAGUUUUGAAGGUUUAUUAGUGGGGUUUCUGGAUAUCCUGUGAAUGGUUGCAGUUUUCUGAAGGGUUUCUGAGGAUGAGGAGAGCCAAAAGCGAUUCUGCCUUUGGGAGGAGGUUAAAAUUGCCUUAUUUUUUGCUGGCUAUAGCGGCAUUGUACUUGUUUUUUAUAGCCUUCAAGUUCCCUCAGUUGUUAGAGAUUGCUUCUGUGUUCAGUGGGGAUGACAGUUUUGUCGGUCUGGAUGGAUCAGCAGUGGGUGAGGAAGAUGGGGAUAUCAGCAAACCCUUCUUUAGUUCUUUUUACAAGGAUACUUCUAAUAGAAAAUUGGAAGAUAACGAGUACCUGAAUGCACCACUAAUGCCUCAUAAGGAACCAUUUCGAAACGAGACCGGCAAAGCUCCAUCUGUCAAGCCACGUCAGCUGAACUAUAGUCGGAUAAUAGGUGCUGUUUGGAGGCAAAGGAAUAAGACAAUGGAUCAGUCUCUGCUGGAGAGAAUGGCUGACGAGGCAUGGACUCUAGGACAGAAAGCGUGGGCAGAAGUAGGAAAAAUGGAUACCAAAGAAGUUAAUCCAGGUUCUGUACCUGAGGGGAAACCAGAGUUAUGUCCUUCAUCUAUAUCUGUGAGUGGAGAAGAACUUGAGAGGGGGGACAAUGUUAUGUUUCUUCCUUGUGGUCUUGCAGCAGGCUCUUCUAUAACAGUGGUGGGGACACCCCAUGCUGCUCAUCAGGAGAUUAUACCUCAGCUUGCUAGAUUGAGACGUAGGAAUUCUAUGGUAUGGGUUUCACAGUUUGUGGUUGAAUUGCAAGGGCUCAAGGCAGUGGAUGGGGAGGAUCCACCAAAAAUUCUGCAUUUGAAUCCACGGUUGAAAGGAGACUGGAGCCUUUGGCCAGUCAUUGAACACAAUACAUGCUAUAGGAUGCAUUGGGGUGUGCCUCAAAGGUGUAAUGGUUUAUCAUUAGGCAACAAUGAUGAUAUGUUGGUUGAUGGAUUUGGGAGAUGUGAGAGAUGGAUGCGGAAUGAUAUUGCAGAUACAAAAGAGUCCAAGACAAGUUCUUGGUUCAAGCGAUUCAUAGGACGUAGACAAAGGCCGGAAGUUACCUGGUCUUUUCCUUUUGCGGAGGGUAGCAUUUUUAUCCUGACUAUCCGAGCUGGCGUGGGAGGAUUUCAGAUCAAUGUUGGUGGCCACCAUGUAUCUUCAUUCCCUUAUCGAAUGGGAUUUACUCUUGAAGAUGCAACAGGAUUAGCAAUUAAAGGUGAUGUGGAUGUGCAUUCAGUGUAUGCAACUUCUCUUCCUAAAUCUCAUCCAAGUUUCUCCCUCCAGCAAUUCUUGGAAAUGUCAGAGAAGUGGAAGGCCCAUCCUUUGCCCGAAAGUCACCUACAACUUUUUAUUGGGAUUCUUUCUGCUUCGAAUCACUUUGCAGAGCGCAUGGCAGUUAGAAAAACCUGGAUGCAAUCAUCUGAAAUCAAGUCCUCAAACAUAGUGGCUCGUUUCUUUGUAGCAUUGCAUCCAAGGAAGGAGGUGAAUGCAUUGCUGAAGAAGGAAGCAUCUUACUUUGGUGAUAUUGUGAUUUUGCCAUUUAUGGAUCGGUACGAACUUGUCGUUCUUAAAACUAUCGCCAUCUGUGAGUAUGGGGUUAAGAACUUGACUGCUGCAUACAUCAUGAAAUGUGACGAUGAUACCUUUAUUAGGGUGGACGCUGUAUUAAAUGAAAUUAAGGCCAUCUCUCCCAAGAAGUCCCUAUAUAUGGGCAAUCUGAACCUUUUUCAUAGGCCUCUUAGAAAGGGUAAAUGGGGAGUUACUUUCAAGGAGUGGCCAGAAGAUUUAUAUCCUCCUUAUGCCAAUGGACCUGGAUACAUUAUUUCAAGUGAUAUUGCAAGAUUUAUUGUCUCUCAACAUGCCAAUCAAAGCUUAAGGUUGUUCAAGAUGGAGGAUGUCAGCAUGGGAUUGUGGGUUGGGCAAUUCAACAGCACCAGAACCGUCCAGUAUUCCCAUAACUGGAAAUUUUGUCAGUAUGGGUGUUUGCGGAACUACUACACUGCGCAUUACCAGUCGCCCAUACAGAUGAUCUGUUUAUGGGAUAAGUUGUCCAGAGGCCGGGCCAACUGUUGUAACUAUAGAUGACAAUGAGUAGCUGUGAUCAUUGGAGGCUCCCGUAGCACGAUUUAUUUGCCUUCGAAUAUUUUUACACUCAAAUCAAUUCUGUAGAUCAUUGUAACAUUACCCGGUAAUUUUGGUCCUCAUCUCCUUGCUUUAGAGAUACCAGUGAGAAUCUUUCAUUUGUUGGAAAAGAGCAUUGUAUUUAGUAAGUGUUGAGUCACAGCUAAAGCAUUAGGUUCUGGCUUAUCUUCAAUAUAGGCCAAAUUGUACAAGUAUACUGUAUAUUUUUUCAUGACAGUUUAAAUUCAAAACUAAUUGUUGAGUGAUCAGUGAGAACUACCAAAAUGUUAUUCCAUUCUUGAGUUCUAUGUUGAUUACAUGAAACUGAUAUUUCUGCCAUUUUCAGUAUAAUUGCAUUUUGCUGGCAAACAAGAACUAUGCUUACUCUAAUG